UUACGUCAAAUAUUUUCGUUAUGUUAUCAUCAUUCGGUUUAUAAAUAUGAAAUUGAUAGUUUUCGCGGAAACUGAACGAUAUACAUACAAAUAAUUGUUUACAGAAAAAAAUUACGUUGUGGUCAGCAGUCAACAUGAGCAGAGAUAACCAGGGUCUACCAUACAAGCAACGUUUUAAAGGAUUAGAAAAUUUUCUGCGUCGUGUAGCAUUUAAUUUAGGUAACACUCCAUCACAGACAGAAGUGAAAAUAAUUUCUUGCAUUCCAAUAGACGUGACCGACCUACAGCAGAAGAUCAACUCUCUGGAGCGGGAGCUCCGUGAGGUGAAGGGCAAAGCGCCCAGCGCCAACAACAGCAAGAACAACCGCGUCGCCGCCAUCGUACAAACGGCGCUCGGGAAGCCUGACAUGAUGCGAAACAAAUCGCGAGACAAAAAGGCCGAGUGUAAGGUGCCCGUUUCCAACCACGCCUGCAACACUAAACCCAAGCGUGGUUUCAAACGAAAAAUUUCUAAGUUAUUCGUCGUCUCUUCGUAUUCUACGGAAGAUAAUACCGAAAUAUGUAGAUUCGCCUAUUCCGAUUCAAACAUCGCUGAUAUACCUACUUCGAUGUUCCCGGGAAAGGUUUCCAAAAUAAGCAGCAAAAUCUUUCCAAAAAGGCUUCAAAAAGCCCUCAAGAAGAAAUCCCGGAGGAAGACACAACUGGUUUAUUUCGCUCAGGCUUUGAAUUCGCCUUUCAACAGCUACGAUAAAACGUCAGAUUUCAGCACUAUCAACAGAAACCUCCUCUCCCGCGCCUACAUCAACAAGAUGAUCCGCAAACAGUACGAGCCGGAGCUGAUCGGCGACCGGCUCACCGAUACCAGUCAGUUCUCCUCACCCGUAUGCCGAGAUACCGCCCACGGGGACCUAUCCUAUCCCUCCGACAUAUCGUGCUCCUACGGAAAAUACGAGAACCUCGACAGGACUUACCCUAAGACUAAUCAUAUAAAUACUGAUGUCACCAAUAACUUUCCUAUCGACCCCGGGCCCGUUUCCAACCAUUCCCAAAAUGAUCGUAAUAACUAUAACAGAUAUUAUAACUCCGAUGAUUAUGAUAUUUUCCCAGUAAGGGAGAAACCGAUUAAACAGAAGAAAGAAGACGUGUUACCGAAACAAAUGAAAAGGUGGAAUACUGAUUGCUGGCAUGACAACACCAAACUAAAUUUGAAUCCGUUAGUGUUCGUAAAUGACGGUAUUCGCCGUGUAUACGACGGCCCACGCAAUCCUUAUAAAACACGUUACAAAAAUGGACAUGAAUUCACAAUCACGAACAUUCAGAAAAAGAAAAAUCGAACUCAUGUAAACCAAGAAACUAAUCCCAGUGAACCUAAAAUUUGUUCCAUAGAUUAUGGAGAUAUUUAUGUAAAACGAAACCUUAGUCCAAAGCCUGAACGUGUUACUGCAGUUGAACCAAAGUUUAAAAAUGCAGAAUGUGUUACUGACAAUACUAAUAGCACGGAAUGCCAGACGGUCGAGUCGAAAGGAGUCCAACUCAACAUUCCAGACGAAAACAAGGCAGAAGUAGCACUAACUCAAAUUAAAACCAUAUUACAAUCAGUUUUGGCCGAAGUAAAGUCAAAUAUUAAGCAACACAACGUGGUUUCCAGACCUAAAAAGGAUGUCAUCGUUCAAAAAGACAUGUCGCAUAAUAACAUUAGCUACGGGUCAACACUUCUCAACAGUUUUAAUUACAAUCCUUCUUAUAACAUUAACCCAUGUUUAGCAACGUACCCGCGUCACGUUCCUAACUUCUACUAUGCUAAUAUUCAGUCUCCUACGGUAAAAUGCCUGCAGAAUUUCCCUCUUAUAUUUCCGAAUAUAAAACAUCACGAUUUCGAAUGUCAACAUAUAGACAACAUGAGCGCGGGGCCGAGGCCUGUGCAGUCGAAGCCGGCGAUCACCACGGCAACCAACACCGACGUCCCCGCCUACACCUCGCCACCCAAGAGCGAGACUAUGAACUUAAUAAAAGAAAUAUACAAAUCUAUAGCACUAAACGUUAACUAUUCCAGUAAAAACACGUCGCAUAUAUCUAUUGGCUAUCCGAGAAAGAUUGCGCAAUCUGAACCGAAUACUGUCACCACGAAAGAAAUGACGAUCUUGGAACAAAAUUCUGGUGAAGAAAAAGAAAAUCAGUUGGACAUGCCCGCUGUCGUGAUGUCGUGCGGCAUCGACGAGGACCGGACUCACACCACCUCGACUAGCGCGGUACAAACAGAAGUGAGCAGUGAGUCAGAGGGAUUUGUCAACGAGGAAUCUUUACGAACAAUUAACGACGAAGAAGAAGAAGAUAAACUGACGUCAGUGGCUGUGGAAUAUGAAACUUUUGAGAAAAGUGAGUCCAAAAACGAUAACGAAACGCGCUCGACCACCAUCGGCACUGAGCUCACACCGGCUGCCGAUACAGAAAUAGAAAAAAAAGUAAAACCUGGAUUACUACAAAAAAUGUUUGAAACUGUUAAAAUGUUGAAAAAAAAGAGCGUGAGUAACAGAAUGUUACCGAGCGGCCGAGGGACAGUGGACGACGCCAAGUCCACGGGCUCCGACACGGACACGCACACUGUGUACAGCUACAAGACACACAGAGAAAGGAAACCUGCCGGUCAGAGUGACGAAAGGCCUGGACAAGCUCUGAGACGGGAAUACUUGAAGGACAUCAUCGAAACGGACAGAGAGAGCGGUCUCAAGAUGCCGGAAUGUUCUAGAAGGCAAUCGCCCUACAUGGAGCAGGAGUACCGGCGCUACUGGGACGAGAAGUUGAUGUUCAACGAGAACAAAUCACCGAUACAUUUCUCCGAGAAGUCGUACUCGGGCCGCGAGCCGGACGAGGCGCUGUUCUGGCGCGGCUACGAGGCCCGCAGCGCCGUGCUGAAGAAGCGGCUCUCCAAGACGUUCCGGGAGCAGUACCGCGCGCCGCGGCACGAGCCGCUCCCCGUCCCCCGCGAGAGGACGGGACUCAAACUCGAAUGGCUCAAGAAGCAGAAAUUUAAAUCUCCGGUGACCGAAAACAGUUAAACGAUUCAGUUGUAAAAGUAAAUUAUGGUGUCCAUUUGUAAAUUUUUAUAGUAUUUAAAAUAAAUUAAGCAUACUUUAAUAA